GGCGCCCGGGGCGCGGAGCGGCGGAGGCGGCCGGGGGCCGGGACGCCAUGUCCAUGGAGGACCCCUUCUUUGUGGUGAAAGGAGAGGUACAGAAAGCAGUCAACACUGCCCAGGGAUUGUUUCAGAGAUGGACAGAGCUCCUCCAGGACCCCUCCACAGCAACAAGGGAAGAAAUCGACUGGACCACCAACGAGCUGAGGAACAACCUCCGUAGCAUAGAGUGGGAUCUGGAGGACCUCGAUGAAACCAUCAGCAUAGUUGAAGCAAAUCCUAGAAAAUUCAACCUCGAUGCAAGUGAAUUGAGUAUAAGGAAAGCCUUCAUUACGAGCACUCGGCAGAUUGUUAGGGACAUGAAGGAUCAAAUGUCAACCUCCUCUGUGCAGGCAUUGGCAGAAAGGAAAAACAGACAGGCGCUGCUAGGGGACAGUAGCAGCCAGAACUGGAACACCGGAACAACCAGUCAGUAUGGGCACCUUGAUCGAGAUCUGCAGUUAGCCAAUUCUCAUUUCAUCGAGGAGCAGCAGGCACAGCAGCAGUUGAUCGUGGAACAGCAGGAUGAGCAGUUGGAGCUGGUCUCUGGCAGCAUUGGGGUGCUGAAGAACAUGUCCCAGCGCAUUGGAGGGGAGCUGGAGGAGCAGGCAGUCAUGCUGGAUGAUUUCUCACAUGAGUUGGAGAGUACUCAGUCUCGCCUGGACAAUGUAAUGAAGAAACUUGCAAAAGUGUCUCACAUGACCAGUGAUCGACGCCAGUGGUGUGCCAUAGCCAUCCUCUUCGCAGUCCUGCUGGUCGUGCUGAUCCUCUUCUUAGUGCUGUGAGGGUCCUCCUCAAGCCCUUCUGUUUGUGGACCCAGGGGAGAAGAGAAGCAAGCACACUCCGCCACUCACAUUCCUCUCCUGGAAACAUGCCUCUGCACUUCCCCCCUUCUGUGUGACUCCACCAUUGAGACAGCCCUCCUCCAUGCCAGUGUUGGAAGGGCAGUCUGGAAGAGGAAGAGGUAACCGCACUCCUGGUAGGAUGACUGGAAGCCCUUCGCCACCCAUCCUUUCUGAGGACAGCUAUCCACUAUUAAGCCUCACUGGUCUUGGCUCCCUGAGAAGGGACUUGGAGUCAUGCAGAAGAAUUAACAGACCUCUCAUGUUCCGUCACUCAUUCCACCAGUCUCUGGCCACUCCUUCCUUCGCCUCGAAUCCUUUCCUUGCUCAGAUGGGUCCUGCUGUCCCAUCAAAAGAAACCUGUCAAGAAUGCAGGCAUCUGGGUGUGUACAUUUCCCAUUGCUGUCACAUUUCUUAGCCCCUGAGAGGUGGUUAUUGAUGAGGACAGAAGGCUCAGAAACAGUUGGUGACAGAAAUGCAGAGUUUCAUUUUUCUGGGAUAGGAGCUGAGAUUAAAUUGCUUUCCCAGGUGCAUUUUUGUGGUGAGAGUAAGAAACAGGAUAUGAUGAAACACCCUGGGGCUCGGGAGGGAGUGCUAACACCACCAUGCAUGGCUUUAAUGGACAGGAGCAAUUAAGAAGCUCAGUGGGACCUGCACUGUUACUUAGUGAAGGGUUGGUGAUGUCUCCAGAGGUUGGGCCUGACCUGCAGUGUUGCUGUCCCAGGGUGUCCUCCCCAGAGGUGCAACUGGCAUUUUUAGAGUAGCCCUUAAAUGCUGAACAGUGCAGCGGCACUCUACUGGGACGGCCACUGGUCACCCUCCUGGGUGCUGCUUUCUUCCAGCGACACUCUCCCCUGGCGGGAGGAAGAGGGCACUCAGUACACGCUACAUUGAUGCGGUGGGGGGGGGGGUCAGUACAUUUAUUACAUUUAUCAUGGCACAAAAAGGUUGAUUCUGGACCAGACUUCUCUUUCCCUGUGAGUAAAAGCAAGGAUGUAUAAGAGAACUUGAUUCUUUUCUUCCCUAAAAUGACGAGUUGACUUUAUCAUCCAUUUGAGUAACUGAGCCAGUCCAAAUUUAAUGAUAGAUGCUUUAAUUGAGUUUAAGUAGUUGAAACUUCUGAGACACUAAACUUUAGGCUUCUGAUGACUUUUUAAAUGCCUCCAAUGUGCACAUGUAUAUAGGAUAUUUUUUAUAACUCCCUUGAUGUAUCACCUGGUAUUGAAGUAGCCGUUGAGCCAGAGCCAGAGCUCGGUGGUGGAGGCACCAGUCACCUCUCACUGUUGUCAUUUGCACUUGGGAAGAGCAGCAACAGCUGGCUAGAGUUUGACCUUUGACUUCCCUUUCCUUGCCAUUUUGUGCAUUCCUCAGCACACUAAUUUUUUUAUUUGUUUGUUUGUACUCCAUGUGGUUUUGUUUGGGGAUUUUGAUUUUCAGGUCACCCCCCCCACCCCAACCUUUUUUUGUGAUUUCCAAUGAUGUGCUUGCCCAGCUAACUUUUGAAUUGCACUUUUUAAUAAAUAUUUGUAACAAUUUUUAAAAGAAGGAUAUUUUAUCUUGUUUAAGAUCACAAUAUGUAAUGAAAUCUAUCCAUUAAUGAAAACUAAAAGCAACUUUAUAAAAUGGAAAGGGUGGUCAGCAUCCAUGUUUACACUCAGCUCUGAUGUUUGAUAUAUAAAUAAGUUAUUCUCAGAUUGGAAAAGAGGGAGUGUUACAGAGUGCUUCAGUGUAGGGUACUAGGCUAUUUAUGUUUUACAAAGCUUUAAGGUUCUGAAUAGUCUACUGUAAACUCAGACCAGGGAUGGUCCUUAGAUUCACAUUGAAUAUAGAAGCCUUUUGUUAAAAGUAAAUGGGGGCCUUGUCUAAGUACUGUAAUCCACACUCCACAUUUCAAGAAGCAGCUAGCAUUCAAAGAAUUAAAAUUACUCUAUUUAAGAGCCAUGCUCUUGGCCUCCUAUUACCAGAUUGUGUCAGUUGGGCCUGUUUAGAACAAGCCUGGUCAUUAUUGAGUCAGUUUCUCCCAUUAGUUCAAGGACCAAAUUUUGUGGCGCUGGGCUUACUUUUGUUGGAUAUAUUUUGAGUGGGUAUGUUGACCCCACUGAUUUGGAGUAUUUACUGAACAGUGGCUCUUGAAGACCUAAGUCUCUCUGAAGCUGAGUAGGGAAUGUUGAGAGAGAGAGUGAACUUCCCAUGCAGGUGUUUGCAUUCCUGCCACAGCCUGACUUAGUCCUGGCCCUGUCCUCUGCCUGGGCACUUGCUGCAGAGUCAGGUCACACCAAACUACAGCAGCCAAAGAGAACAAGGAGUUAAGAAUUCUCGGGGAUCCCAGGAGCUGAAGUGGUUCCUUCACCUUGUGUCCUAGAAUAGGGAAAGAAGGGACACCCCACACUAAGAGUGCCUCUUGGCAGCAGUGCGUCCCCCCACCCACUCCCAGCCUUCUGUACCAAGUCUUGUAUUCAUCACUUUUAAGGAACUGGCAAAGUAUGAUGGGUAGGAGAGAAUGAGUUCAAUUUGUAUUUAUUGGAAGCACAUUUUACUCAACUGAUUUUGGGGAUGAGAUGGACAUGAUCCAUUGAGAAUGUUUGCCAGAGUGUGGAUCCAACUAGAAAACCAAAAUACCUUCCGUUUUCAACUCUUAACUUUUGGUUUUGUCUUUGUUUGGAUUGAAAAAUCACAAUGCUAUGUAUGCUCUGGACUGUGUGGCAAAUGGAAUUGGGUGUGUGUGUCUUCUACAAUUUCAGAAUUCACGCCAGAGCUGAAUGGGGAAAACUUGGUAACUUGCCCAUUAUUCUCUGUUUUUAGCCAGAGUUAAACAGACUGAUGGGUCUGGUAGCCAACAACUUGGCAACUCCCAUUCCUUCUCACCUCGUGAGAGUAAGGGCUGUGAAAAGAAAUCUAGUCUAACUCCACAGAAAUCUGUCUCUGUUAAGUGUUUUACCUUCUGUAAGUAAAGGUGGUAGAGCCAAGAUUUUUCUUUUGGUAAUUUCCCUGCCCAUAAAGUAAGAGCAGAGAGACAUCUAUUCUCUUAUUACCUUUUAAAAUUUUUCAUAGUGUUUGAAGAUGAAAAACUCAAAUGACAAACGAGUUGCAUUUCACCUCUGUGGGCUUUAUACUGCUCAACUUCACCUUGUGCCACAAAGUAAAUUUGUUAACAAAACAAAAAUGGACUAUCUAGAAAGAAAUUUCUCAAAUAUGGAAUGCACUACCUCUCAUUUUUCCAUUUUUUUUCCUUUCUUUUUCUCACUGACAUUGCUUCCCCUCCCAUCUGUUUAAGAUUUUUUUUUUUAAGAAUGUUCUUUGCCCAUCAAGAGUAGAGAAGGUAAAACCAAAGUUGCCAAUCUUAUCAAGCCCUGGUCACUGUGCCUGGUGACAGGACCCCAACAAGAGGCCUUAUUAAGGCACCAGAGAUCCAGCCUGGCUCCUCCGCGGACUUUGCUUCCUGGGGGGCAGGUUAGCUCAUCUGUCAGGCUGGUGAAAUCAGGUAGCUUUUCUCUACUGUCCAGCUGUCCUUAGUCAAGUCCCAACCUUAACAAACAUACUUACCUUGAAAGUGGUCUUAUUCUUAUGAAGGCCACAUUGGUCUGUUGUAUGUAAAGGUGGAUGCCACUGUCACCUGUUUACUUAGCUUCCUGAAAAACUGCUAGGUGGUGGUAAGUGCUGAAAAGUAAGAGAGUUUGAAGUAAAGCAACCAUUCAGCCCUUCCUGAAUAGCACUGCUGUCAGCCGCAGGAUUGGUGUCCCGUGCUUGGUGACCCAGGGCAGGGUGGAACUCUAGCAGAGGUGGCCUCUGUCGUUGCCAUCUUCAUGGUAGACAGAGGUCAUGAAGUGCCGUCCUCCCGUUGGAGUUGAAGCAGUUACGGUGCGCCGACAGGCUGCCAGCCAGCCAUUGGGAGCUGGGGAGCCUGCACGCUUUGUGGGACAAGCUCACGUACUCAGAGCUGGCCACGGGGAGGACUUAGACCCCAUGCUUACUUGUUGAGCUUCAUUCCUCAGCGCAGUAUUGUGGUAUGUUUUGCCCUUUGAACAAAACUGAAAGUUCCUGGCACCUCUGUCAGGUGGUCUCCGACUAAGGGCUGCAGAGCUUCUGUGUGCAUUCCGGUCUCUGAGAAUGCAGCUGUGGGUGCCAGGGCCAGACAGAAACAUGAAAGCUUGGUCUUCCUUGGCUGUAAACUACCAUGUUGGUGCUAUUUUUCUUCUGAUGUGACCUUAAUCCAGAAUGUCCUUCCCUUAGUUGUACACAUGUUAGCUCUACUCAGUGAGUGCCCCACUUGCCUGCCCUGCUGCCUAGGUUGCCCGUGAGCAUUUCAUGGGCCUGGUUUGCCACCUGCAUUCAGACCUUUCUGAAAAAACCUAUUGUACAGUUGUGUGUGUGUUUUUUUAAGGUUAUGAAUUAUCAACCAAGAGAACAUGUGGUUGUUCAGGGCCUGUUGGAAAUAAGACCACUCAGGGUUAGAGAGAUGUCUCAGUGGUUAAAGGCACUUGCUUGCAAAGCCUGGAAGCCCGGGUUCAAUUCCCCGGUCCCAAGCCAGACGCACAAAGCGGCACAUGCCUCUGGAGUCUGUUUGCAGUGGGAGGAGGCCCCAGCACAGCCAUUCUCUAUCUGCCUCUUGGUCUCUCAAAUAAAUAAUAAUAAUAAUAAUAAUAAUAAAAGACCACCAGCGUCAUCAUUUGUUGACCAGGUAUAUAGGCCCUGUUCCCCUGCCUGGAUGUCAGCCCUGGGAUGCCACCAAGUUCAGGCUGUCCAGCUCAGCAGUAGAUUCAGCUGAACUACGUGUAAACAGAAAGUUACCCUGCAGCUGAGGAGUGUCCUAGGAGAAGCAGGUGUCCUCGUCCCCAGGAAAGCAGAGUGGCUGUGGGGUAAGGACAGGACGGGACAGGGCAGGACCGCAGCACACAAACAAGGUUUUAGAGCUGCUGUUUGAUUUUGUUUUGUUUCAUUGACAGGGCUGGGAACUGAACCCAUGCAUGAUAAGCACACUCUAGUAAUAGGAGGCCAAGCCCCAUUCCAGCCCCUCUAUGGUUUCUUCCUGAGUAGCCCAGGUUGGUUUGGCUCUCAACAAGCAAAUGGGAGGGAGGCCUGGAGACUGGCAUGGAAAGGCCAAAGCUAACCAGGCCGCACAUGCUGGUAGAUGUGGUUUUAGUAAGUGAAAAGCUUCUUCCUUGGCUCACUUGUAAUAAGAAAUUAGUGUAAGUCAGAAACGAAGCAUAUAAAUAUGGACAAUUUGUGGGAAUCAAUUGCUAUACUUUUUCCCCCCUCAAGGAUAAACAGCUGAUGUGGGGUCAGGAUCAGAACUACAGACACCUGAAUGGCCUUUGGGUGGUGCUUGCCCUGUUGGCAUGGUGACAAGACCAGAGCCCCGAGGCCAGAGUUCUGCCACCCUCAGCCCCAGGAAAACUCUAGUGUCCUUUACAUGGUGGCUCUUUGAGGGUGAUGUAGGAUCAGUGGUGGCUGCAGCACCUGUUGGGAACUUGUUAGAAAUGCACAUUCUCAGGCCUUCCCCAGACCUGCAAAACAUGCAAGUCCCAAGAAGCCCCCCACCUGAGAUUGAGACCCAUUGGAUCUCAGUAUACAUUGUCCACAGCUUUGGUUGUAUCUUAAAAUUCUGACAACACCAUAACUUGAAAACUUUUUAAAACACAUCUGUGUAAAACAAAACAAAAACCUCAGCUGGCCAUCCUUAAAAGUGGUGUUUUUACACCUUGCAGUCUGCUGGUAAUGUUUCUUAUUUCUGCUCUUGACAUGUUAACAGCUAUACAAAAGAAUUUUGUUCAGUAUUAAAGAGAAAUGGAGAGACUGA